AGCCUGCGGCUCGCCGCGUUCUAGAUCCUGAGGAUCCGGCCCGCCUGGUUUUCCCUGGAUGGGGCGGGGACUGCUUCGAGUCUUAGGCUUUCAAGAUGGUGGAGGCCAAGUCCGAGGUCCGGCGGAAUGCCUCCACCUUUUUCCGCACAGCCCGACCUCUGCCCUCGCUGGUUACUGUCCUGAUGCUGGGCUACGUCGCGUGGGUUGUCCUCUGGCCCCAGAGUAUCCCUUACCAGAGCCUUGGGCCCCUGGGGUCCUUCACACAGUACCUGAUAGACCACCAUCACACCCUCCUACACAAUGGGUUUUGGCUUGCCUGGCUAAUUCAUGUGGGAGAGUCCUUAUAUGCUAUGGUAUUGUGCAGGUCUAAAGGAAUCACAGACAGCCAGACUCAGCUCCUCUGGUUCCUGCAGACGUUUCUCCUUGGGAUAGCAUCUCUCUCCAUCUUGAUCGCUUAUAGACCAAAGCACCAAAAACGCACUUGAAUCUACACUCUC